UUGUUGGAGGCGAAUUCGACAUGGAGCUCAAUUUCGUCAUCCAGGACGCCCAAAACAUUAGGCAUAUGUUGGAGCUGCUCGACCAUUGUCCCCCGAAUUUACAGGCUGAAAUAUGGAGCGUUUUCAUCGCGAUCCUCAGGAAGAGCGUUCGCAACUUACAGGCUUGCACCGAUGUAGGACUCAUAGAGCACGUUCUCAAAAGACUCCGCAAUGCAGAUAUAGUAGUAGCAGACUGCACAGCCUCUCCAACAGAUCUGUUGAUAGAAAUGCUGGGAGUGUUAGCGAGCUACAGUAUAACAGUAAAGGAAUUAAAGCUGCUGUUCGGCGCCAUGAAAGCCAUUAGCGGGAAAUGGCCCCGACAUUCGGCUAAGCUGCUUAACGUUCUGCGUCAGAUGCCCCAACGGAGUGGCCCCGAUGUCUUUUUCAGUUUCCCCGGACGCAAAGGAUCGGCUGUGGUGUUACCGCCGUUGGCGAAGUGGCCAUAUGAGAAUGGUUUCACGUUCACGACGUGGUUCCGUCUGGAUCCGAUAAAUUCGGUGAACAUUGAGCGCGAGAAGCCCUAUCUCUACUGCUUCAAAACGAGCAAAGGCGUUGGCUACACCGCUCAUUUCGUCGGCAAUUGUUUAGUUUUGACAUCAAUGAAGAUAAAAGGGAAGGGUUUCCAGCACUGCGUCAAAUACGAAUUCCAACCGCGCAAAUGGUACAUGUUGGCCGUGGUUUAUAUCUACAAUAGGUGGACGAAGAGCGAGAUUAAAUGCUUGGUCAACGGGCAGUUGGCAUCCGCCACGGAGAUGGCCUGGUUUGUUAGCACAAACGACCCCUUCGAUAAGUGCUAUAUCGGAGCGACCCCGGAAUUGGACGAGGAACGUGUCUUCUGCGGUCAAAUGUCAGCUAUUUAUCUAUUCAGCGAAGCCCUCACGACACACCAGAUUUGCGCCAUGCACAGAUUAGGACCCGGCUAUAAAAGCCAGUUUCGUUUUGAUAACGAGUGUCACUUGAAUUUGCCCGACAAUCAUAAAAGGGUGAGUGAAUCUGGUGAUGCAACCAACAUUCCUACUAGCAUGAUCCAGAGUACAACAGAUGCACGUUCAGUGCUGUACGACGGGAAAUUAUCCAGUGCAAUAGUGUUCAUGUACAAUCCAGUUGCAACGGACAGCCAAUUGUGUCUGCAGUCGGCCCCCAAAGGGAACAACUCGUAUUUCGUCCACACUCCACAUGCCCUCAUGUUACAAGACGUGAAGGCGGUGAUAACACAUUCCAUCCACAGCACCCUUAAUUCGAUCGGCGGAAUCCAAGUGCUGUUCCCUUUGUUCUCGCAACUGGAUUUACCUUAUGAAUGCACCGGCUCGGCGGACUCUAAAAGGGAUCCGACUCUGUGUUCCAAACUUUUAGGAUUCAUUUGCGAACUGGUUGAGACCUCGCAAACCGUUCAGCAGCAUAUGAUACAGAAUCGAGGAUUUCUCGUUAUUAGUUUCAUGCUGCAGAGAUCAUCAAGAGACCAUCUGACGAUAGACGUGCUCGGAUCAUUCCUCAGCCUCACCAAGCAUCUAGUUACUUGUUUAAGUGCCAACAGCGAGCUUCUACUCAAACAGUUGUUUUGCUUCUCGUUCCUGACGUGGCAGCUUCUCGACCACGUGCUCUUCAAUCCGGCACUAUGGAUCUACACCCCAGCCCCGGUUCAAUCCAAACUCUACUCCUAUUUGGCAACCGAAUUCCUGUCGGACACUCAAAUCUACUCGAACGUCCGCCGCGUCUCAACCGUACUCCAAACGGUGCACACCCUCAAGUAUUAUUACUGGGUCACUAAUCCGAGAUCGAAGAGCGGAAUCACGCCGAAAGGAUUAGAUGGACCGAGACCUGCGCAAAAGGAUAUCUUGGCCAUCAGGGCUUACAUCCUUCUCUUCCUGAAGCAGCUCAUCAUGAUUGGUAACGGAGUCAAGGAUGACGAGCUCCAAAGCAUAUUAAACUACCUGACUACCAUGCAUGAGGAUGAAAAUCUGCAUGAUGUUCUACAAAUGUUGAUUUCGUUGAUGUCGGAGCAUCCUUCUUCCAUGGUGCCUGCUUUCGACUGCAAGCACGGCGUGAGGUCAAUAUUCAAAUUACUCGCAUCCGAGAGUCAAUUAAUCCGACUGCAAGCGCUCAAGUUGCUAGGAUUUUUCUUGAGUCGCAGCACCCACAAACGAAAGUACGAUGUUAUGAGUCCUCAUAAUCUGUAUACCCUAUUAGCAGAAAGGUUGCUGCUCAACGAAGACACCCUGUCGUUGCCCACAUACAACGUACUUUAUGAAAUCAUGACCGAGCACAUCAGUCAACAAAUUCUGUACACGAGACAUCCAGAACCGGAGUCUCAUUUUCGUCUCGAGAACCCAAUGAUUCUAAAAGUUGUCGCUUCACUAAUAAGACAGUCUAAACAAAACGAGCAACUAAUCGAGGUGAAGAAGCUGUUCCUAAGUGACAUGACUCUGCUUUGCAACAACAACCGCGAGAACCGGCGUACCGUAUUGCAAAUGUCCGUCUGGCAGGAAUGGUUGAUAGCCAUGGCUUACAUUCAUCCUAAAAAUACAGAGGAGCAGAAGCUCUCAGACAUGGUUUAUUCCCUUUUCAGGAUGCUCCUACACCACGCCAUAAAAUACGAAUACGGCGGAUGGCGUGUUUGGGUCGAUACCUUAGCGAUCGUCCACUCAAAGGUGUCUUAUGAGGAAUUCAAAUUGCAAUUUGCUCAGAUGUAUGAGCAUUACGAACGCCAAAGGACCGAUAAUAUCACGGAUCCGGCUGUGCGCCAACAACGUCCCAUAAGUACAAUAUCCGGUUGGGAACAGCAGUCCGAAAACGUGCCCAACGGCUAUCAUCAAGAUGAAUGGGAGAAUGCUCAUCCAGUUCUGCAGGAGAUCGAUCAGGAGUCGGAGAAAACGGAGCCGUUGUGUAAUUGCGAUAUGAGCACUCCGAUAUCGGAGGGAAGUCCAGCUUCGUUCAUUACCAAACGCGACGAUAGUGAAGGUGUCUCCUUGGACUCCAGGACCAGUGAUUUAUACAGUGAUGUUAAACUGGACAAGGAGUCGCCUUUCUCGCAAGAGUCUCCAUCGAAAUCCGAACCUCUUUGCAACGGAAUUCCUACUGAGAGCAGUAUUGGAAGCCCGGAGAAGAACGUUGAUGAGUUGACAGAGGAAGAUCAGAAAAACGAAAUAGUCACUGAGAUUGUCCAAGAAAUUUUGGAAAAGAGCGAGAAGCUCUUACAAGUUGCUCAAGAGGAACAUGAUGAAUCCUCUCCUUCGCCUGUCUGCGAAGACGUAGAGGAAUCAGCUCCUAAACCUGAACCCACGAGUCCCGAAAAAGACAGCGACAUGUCUUCGGAGCGUUACUUAACUCCUACUGAUCUCAGUGAGACAGAGAAGAAAGAAGAAAACGCUGCCCAACCUGAAGUGCUCAGUGAUAAACAAGUGAUAAUUGAAGAGGUUGUGAACGCCGAAACUCUUAAUGUGCCAAUCGUUGAUACUAGUAGUGUAGAAUUAGAGCCGUCCAAUGUUCAGACUAGUCCUGACUCAAUUGAAAAGGAAGAAGAUGAGAAGCAGGAAGAAAAAGAAGAAGAACUAGAAGAAGAAGAAGCUGUUGUAGUAGUUGUCGAAGAAGAGAAGAUAGAAGAAGUAAAUGUAGAAGAAAACAUUCCAGAAGUAAGCAAAGAAGAUGUAGAGAAUAUUAAAAACGCUGACGAAAUGGUAGAUAGUGCCGUAGAAGAGACGGACGAAGCUGAAGAGACAAUAGCCACGAUUUCGCAAAUCUGUGAUCCUAGUCAUUACCAGCAACCAACCGAGGAGCUUAAGAGUGACGAAGAAAACCCGGAUAAAGAAGAAAUCAAGCGCAGAAUUAGCCUGCCAUCAAACUCCUUGGAAGGACAGCAGGAGAAUGGCGAGAGCGCCGAUCAUAUUUCACCGCAAAAGCGCCCGAGAAGCGCAUCCACGUCCACUCAAGUGGAUCCAAAUCAUUUCGAUAAUAAACGUUCGAAGUCGGGCUCCGCUUCAACGAGACCAAUGUUCAGCCCGGGACCAACUCGACCACCGUUCAGAAUUCCUGAAUUCAAAUGGUCAUACAUUCAUCAGAGAUUACUUUCCGAUGUCCUUUUCUCUUUGGAGACAGAUAUACAAGUUUGGAGGUCACACUCAUCGAAAUCAGUUUUAGAUUUCGUAAAUAGCAGCGACAAUGCGAUCUUCGUUGUAAAUACUGUGCACUUAAUAUCGCAGCUCGCUGACAAUUUGAUAAUUGCAUGCGGUGGAUUACUUCCAUUAUUGGCUUCAGCAACAUCACCCAACAGCGAAUUGGAUGUGAUUGAACCUACGCAGGGAAUGCCCAUCGAAGUUGCCGUCUCGUUUUUGCAACGCUUGGUUACUAUGGCCGACGUCUUGAUCUUUGCGAGUUCUCUGAAUUUCGGGGAAUUGGAAGCGGAGAAGAACAUGUCGAGCGGUGGUAUUUUGAGACAGUGCUUGCGAUUGGUUUGCACUUGUGCAGUCCGUAAUUGUCUGGAGUGCAAAGAGAGGAGCCGCCCUCAUCACACUCUUGCACCUACACAUAACGCUAGUCACAAGUCUGCACAUUUGCAAUCAUUUAUAAGGGGUGUCCAAAAUUCUCCCAAGAAUAUCGCGGACAAUUUGUCGAACUCGGCGAGUCCAGUAAAAGAUCCUGAAAAGUUGUUACAGGACAUGGACGUUAACCGCCUCCGGGCGGUAAUCUACAGAGAUGUGGUGAGAACGUUUAUACAGGAGGAGACGAAGCAGGCCCAAUUCUUGUCUCUGGCCAUCGUAUAUUUCAUUUCCGUACUAAUGGUAUCCAAGUACAGAGAUAUUCUGGAACCCCCGGUAUCUUUGCGCGCCCCAAGUCCGCUUCCGGCCAUCAGAAAUAAUGGUUCACAUCAUUCCGGAAGCCCUCAAGAAGGCAGCGCCCGGCCUCUAUUCCCACAGUGGUCUCAUCACGUCUAUCCUCAAUUCCUCCCUGGUUCCCAUCCGAACGCACCUCAACAUCACAACUACCUCCGUCAUAGGCACACCUACGUCAAACAUCAUUAUAACCUUAACAAUAAUCACAACCAUUCCCACCAUCAUAACCAUAAGAUAGACCACAGGUACCAUAGAAACUCCAUUGCUAGCCAUGCAGCAUCUAGGGCUAUACACAGUCAAACCCACGAAGAUGCCGACUUCGAAGUCAUAUCGGCAUACGUGAUGGACGAUAACCAUUCGGUUCAAGAUCAUGAUCUCCAUUCUGGACCCGCAUCCAUAAAGGUUAGCGCGAGACAGCGACCGUCUCUUGGGCACGGAUUUUCUGUAGAUUACUCUAUGGAUGGGAUGAGGCAUGCUCGUAACAAUCGUAACCGUGCUGAUGCCGUUCGUAACGUUAACAAGAGUGUUGACUCCAUUGAGGAAAAUGCUUCGGUGAAUUCUGUGGAAACUAACCAUUUAGAGAAUAAUGAAAUUGGUAUAGACAAUACGAAAGUAUCCAACGACGAGAGUUGGACCGAUAUAAACUUGAAUGAGGAUGGCGAUGUUAUGCCUAAAGACGACGCGAGGAAUUUGCAGAACAUGACGCACGGUCACAUCGACAUGGAAGGUAAUAUCCAGGAACGCGGUGAGAAACAGCACUCUGAGAUCUCAGUUGUACGCGUCCCUGAGAACAUGAUCCCGACUCCUACUCAAGUGAGACCAGAUGAUCUCCCUGUGAGUAGCCUAGUUGACCACAUCUCCAUACCUACACCAUCGCGCGAAGCUUCGCUCACACAGAAACUCGAGAUGGCUCUAGGCUCUGUUUGCCCUCUAUUAAGAGAAAUAAUGGUCGACUUUGCUCCAUUCUUAUCGAAAACCUUGAUUGGUUCCCAUGGCCAGGAAUUGUUAAUGGAAGGCAAAGGAUUAACUACCUUCAAGAACAGUAAUUCCGUUGUGGAACUCGUGAUGUUGCUGUGCUCCCAAGAAUGGCAGAACUCGCUACAGAAGCACGCCGGUCUCGCCUUCAUUGAACUGAUCAACGAAGGCAGAUUACUCUCUCACGCCAUGAAGGAUCAUAUUGUAAGGGUCGCGAAUGAAGCGGAAUUUAUAUUAAAUAGGAUGAGGGCUGAUGAUGUCCUGAAGCACGCUGACUUCGAGUCGCAGUGCGCUCAGACCCUACUGGACCGUAAGGAAGAAGAAAGGAUGUGCGAUCAUCUGAUCACUGCUGCCAGAAGAAGAGACAAUGUAAUAGCCAGCAGAUUGUUGGAAAAAGUAAGGAACAUAAUGUCCAACAAACACGGAGCUUGGGGAUACAUGGAUCCUCAAGGUGCCAAAUUGACGGAGUUCUGGAAAUUGGACGCUUGGGAGGACGAUGCGCGCAGGAGGAAACGAUUCGUUCACAAUCCAUUGGGUUCAAGUCAUCCAGAAGCUACUCUGAAAGCCGCCUUAGAGCACGGCGGACCCGAAGAUGCAAUCUUACAGGCACGCGAGGAGAUUCAUGCCCAAUUGGCCGCAUCGAGAAGUCACCAACAGCAACAACAGCAGAUGCAAACGAGCGACCUGAUGGACGACACGGAGCUCCUCAUCGACGAUCGCGAUUUAGACAAUGACCUUACAGGGCCUGUUAACAUAAGUACGAAGGCGAAGCUCGUGGCUCCGGGGAUCGUGGCCCCAGGUAUGAUUUCGAUUACAUCCACCGAGCUGUACUUCGAGGUCGACGAAGAGGAUGAGGAAUUCAAGAAGAUUGACACCGAGGUUUUGAAGUACUGCGAUCAUCUCCAUGGCAAGUGGUACUUCUCCGAAGUGCGGGCGAUCUUCUCUCGUCGGUACCUCCUGCAGAAUGUGGCCAUCGAGAUCUUCCUCGCAAGCAGGACUUCGAUACUCUUCGCUUUCCCUGAUCAAGCCACCGUGAAGAAAGUUAUUAAAGCCCUCCCUCGCGUUGGGGUCGGCAUAAAGUACGGCAUCCCACAGACUAGACGAGCCAGCAUGAUGUCUCCUAGGCAGCUGAUGAGAAACUCCAACAUGACGCAGAAAUGGCAGCGCAGGGAAAUUUCUAACUUUGAAUACUUAAUGUUCCUGAACACCAUCGCAGGUCGUACUUACAAUGACUUAAAUCAGUAUCCGAUAUUCCCGUGGGUUCUGACGAACUACGAGAGCAAAGAGUUGGAUUUAAGUCAGCCUAAUAACUACAGGGAUCUUUCUAAACCUAUUGGAGCUUUGAAUCCGAGCAGAAGAGCUUAUUUCGAGGACAGAUACAAUACUUGGGAGCAUGAAAGCAUUCCACCGUUCCAUUACGGCACGCAUUAUUCCACGGCUUCGUUCGUUUUGAACUGGUUGAUCCGAACGGAGCCCUUGACUACUAUGUUCUUGGCGCUGCAAGGAGGAAAAUUCGAUCAUCCGGAUCGUCUGUUCUCUUCCGUUGCGUUGUCGUGGAAGAACAGCCAAAGGGACACCUCGGAUGUGAAAGAGUUGAUCCCCGAGUUCUUUUUCUUACCAGAGAUGUUUGUAAAUAGCAACCAUUACCGUUUAGGGAAUCAAGAUGACGGAAGUAUCGUGGACGACGUUGAACUACCUCCAUGGGCUAAUUCCCCUGAAGAAUUCGUUCGAAUCAAUAGAAUGGCUCUUGAAUCCGAAUUUGUAUCGUGUCAAUUACACCAAUGGAUCGAUUUGAUUUUUGGUUACAAACAAAGAGGACCUGAAGCUAUUAGAGCUACGAACGUGUUCUAUUAUUUGACCUACGAGGGUAACGUUGAUAUGGAUUCUGUAAAUGAUAAAGUUAUGAAGGAAGCAAUUGAGAACCAGAUUAGGAAUUUCGGGCAGACUCCGUCUCAGUUGCUUAUGGAGCCGCACACUCCCAGAAGCUCUGCGAUGCAUUUGUCGCCGAUGAUGUUUUCUGCAAUCCCUGACGAUGUCUGCAUGACGAUGAAGUUCCUUUCCAACUCGCCGAUUUGUCAUAUUUCGGCCAACACCUAUCCUCAAUUAGCUUUGCCAUCAGUGGUCACUGUUACCAUGCACCAGCAGUUCGCCGUAAACCGUUGGAAUUCUGGAUACGCCGCAAUAGCGCAAUCCCCAAGCUACGCAGAGUCGCCCCAAAAUCAAGGAGCCAAUUUACCGCUCUCGAUGGAUCCUAUUCUCUCCCAAACGAAUAACAGUACAAAUCCGAUGCUGAGGAGACACCUCGGCGAUAACUUCAGCCAGAACUUGCGCAUCCGCUCGAACUGCUUCGUGACGACCGUAGACAGCAAGUUCUUGGUGGCUUGCGGCUUCUGGGACAACAGCUUCCGCGUUUUCUCCACCGAAUCCGCGAAGAUCGUGCAGAUCGUUUUUGGCCACUACGGCGUAGUCACAUGUCUAUCCCGUUCCGAGUGCAACAUCACCUCCGACUGUUACAUCGCAUCCGGAUCGGCAGAUUGCACUGUGCUGCUGUGGCAUUGGAAUGCUCGUACUCAGACCAUUGUUGGAGAGGGCGAAGUACCAACACCAAGGGCCACGCUCACAGGACACGAGCAACCCGUGUCCAGCGUUGUUAUUUCCGCUGAAUUAGGUCUUGUAGUUUCAGGAUCUUACAGUGGUCCAGUUUUAGUUCAUACCACGUUCGGGGAUCUCUUGCGUUCGCUCGAUCCUCCUAACGGUUUCGCAUCACCCGAAAACAUUGCGAUGUCACGCGAGGGCGUUAUAGUUGUAAAUUAUGAGAAAGGGAAUAUCGCGGCUUUCACCAUAAAUGGGAAACGAUUAAGACACGAGUCGCAUAAUGAUAACUUACAGUGCCUAUUAUUAAGCCGAGAUGGCGAAUAUUUGAUGACCGGAGGAGACAAGGGCAUAGUCGAGGUGUGGAGAACAUUUAACUUGGCUUUACUCUACGCCUUUCCGGCAUGUGAUAGUAGCGUUAGGUCAUUGGCUUUGUCACAUGAUCAAAAGUUUUUGCUAGCAGGACUGGCGUUAGGAUCCAUCGUGGUGUUCCACAUCGAUUUCAAUAGGUGGCAUCACGAGUUCCAGCAGCGCUAUUAAAUCGUAAACUAAAUGAAAUUGUAACAGGUUUAGCGCUUAAGUACUUAAUUUUGAUUUUCUAUUCAUUUACUU